UUUGUUUUCUGUAGGUGCCAACUACUUUAUGGCAUGAAGUAGACCUGACGGACUUGAACACUCUUUAGUUACCAGGAUGUCCACGGACGGUGGCUUCGGCACGGCUGGCAACAGCGAUGCUCAGCAGAGCCUCCAGUCCUUCUGGCCACGUGUCAUGGAGGAGAUACGUAAUCUCACGGUGAAAGACUUCAGAGUUCAAGAACUGCCCCUGGCUCGGAUUAAGAAGAUAAUGAAGCUAGAUGAAGAUGUGAAGAUGAUUAGUGCUGAAGCCCCUGUGUUGUUUGCCAAGGCAGCUCAGAUCUUCAUAACGGAAUUGACGUUGCGAGCGUGGAUACACACUGAAGAUAACAAGCGCAGGACUCUGCAGCGCAAUGACAUUGCCAUGGCAAUUACAAAGUUUGAUCAGUUUGACUUUCUCAUUGAUAUCGUUCCGAGAGAUGAACUGAAGCCUCCAAAGCGCCAGGAGGAGGUGCGUCAGGCUGUGACCCCAGCUGAACCUGUCCAGUAUUAUUUCACUCUUGCUCAGCAGCCUGCUGCAGUGCAGGUUCAGGGACAACAGCAAGGACAACAGACCACCACGUCUACAACCACCAUCCAGCCGGGGCAAAUCAUCAUUGCGCAGCCCCAGCAGGGGCAGACCACCCCGGUGACGAUGCAGGUCGGAGAGGGCCAGCAGGUGCAGAUCGUGCAGGCGCAGCCGCAAGGACAGACGCAGCAGGCGCAGAGCGGAACUGGGCAGACCAUGCAAGUCAUGCAGCAGAUCAUCACCAAUACAGGAGAAAUCCAACAAAUACCGGUUCAGUUGAAUGCUGGCCAGCUGCAGUAUAUCCGCUUAGCCCAACCCGUGUCAGGCACCCAGGUAGUCCAGGGGCAGAUCCAGACGCUUGCAACCAAUGCACAGCAGAUAACACAAACAGAAGUCCAGCAAGGACAGCAGCAGUUCAGCCAGUUCACAGAUGGACAGCAACUCUACCAGAUCCAGCAAGUGACCAUGCCUGCAGGCCAGGACAUUACCCAGCCCAUGUUCAUCCAGUCCACCAACCAGACCUCAGACGGCCAAGCCACGCAGGUGACGGGGGACUGAGCGGCGCCGCCGGAGCCCGUGUCCGCGGCGCGUGGAAAGGAACGUGCCGCAGCAGCCUGACGUUGGCCACGGCUCCCGUACCUCCACCUCUGCGUAUCUGUACUUGAUACUAAGCCUAUAGUAGGCUGUGCUCCGUGGCGCGCUCCAUGCCUUCCUCUGGUGGGUAUUGAGAGAAUAUCCGGCAGAAACUGACAAGGAUGCAAUAUUUGUAUUUUAUUUUUUAGAAAUCACUAUUUCAGCUGCUUGCCCAACCUCGUAAAACUGAAGCGAAUGAAGCAAAAGGAAUUUAUAGCGUCCCAUUGAACAAUGUGUAAACUGUUUUUUUAUCUAGUAAGGGUAUUAAAGGGUACUGCAUCUGGUUUGUCCUAAGAGCUUUAUUCCUGGUAUUCUGUUUGUACUCUUAUUUGAAUAGAUCUAGAUCAAGUCCUCCCAUCCCGGUGGUUCAUUAGGGGUGCAGGGGAGAGUGUGUGUAUGUUAGAUGUUCCUCUCCUGCCUCCUUUCUUGGAAAGCAUUGGAUAUAUUCAGCUGAGGGGCAGGGAGGAGAGAAGGAAUAAUUAAAACAAAAACAAAAAACAUUCCUUAUUACAAUUGUAUUUUCAAAGGGGCAAAAGUUUUUUUUUUUGUUUUUGUUUUGUUUUAAUUUGGCCUGGUCUAUUCCAGAAACACCAAAGGAAGUCUGGACAAGCCCCAGCCCUGUUGUUAACCGUUGUACUAGCUUCA